AUGAAUUUUAAUUAUUUCAAUACUGUUCUCAUCUUUUUGGCGAAUUUCACUGUCUUUGUAUUUGGGGCUUUCCGCAAUGAACAUUAUAAUCAAGCUUCUUUUCGUACGAAAAGAGAAAUUCAUGCGACGGAAUUGACUCGAUUACUGGCUGAAGUACCAUCAGGACGACAAGAUGAUGUUGCUCUGAAAAUUUUUCAAAACAUUAUUAAUAUUCUCCAGGAAUCACGCAAAAUACUAAUAAAUACUGAUAUUAAUUCAGAGACUAAAAAUGAUACAAUAGGACAAACUUUCGCAUUAACUUUUGAAAAUACAGCUGUACUAUGUGAUUUAAUUCUACGUUAUCCUGAUGUUUAUCAUUCACAUUAUGAUGGAAUUGAUGAGAUAUCUAUAUUAUUAAAAUGGUCAUUUAAUUUAUUACGGGAAUCACAAUUAAUGAGUGAAUCAGAUGAAAAUAUUUUACAUUUAACUGAACAAGAAUUAAAUUUUGUAAUCAGAGAUUCAAAUUAUGUAAAUGAGUUUAGUUCAGAUCAGAAAAUGAUUAGAGAGAAACUGAGAGCAGAAUCAGCACGUAAAACGAAAAAAUCAAGUGUUAAACGUGUCAAGAAACCUCGACUUACACCAGUUCGAAGUGAACUCUAA